AUGGCAGCUGUGGCGGAGAAGGCCCCAGAGCUACACGAGGCAGAAGCUUCAGAGGAAGAUGAAGAUGAUUCCGAUGACAUGCCUGAACUUCAAGAUGCAAACGCUGAUGCAGCAGCUGCAGCUGGAAUUGACUUGGAAGCUUUGAGCGCAAGUCUCGGAGGUGGUGCCAAAACUCAAAGCCGAAGUGAAAAGAAGGCCAGGAAAGCUAUGGCCAAAUUGGGAUUGAAGCCAGUUCCAGGAAUCACAAGAGUGACCAUUCGAAGACCGAAAAAUAUUCUCUUCGUCGUCUCUCAACCUGACGUAUACAAAUCCGCUACCAGCGACACAUACAUUGUAUUUGGUGAAGCCAAGAUCGAAGAUCUGAAUUCACAAGCUCAAGCCAGUGCCGCUGAGCAAUUCGCCAAACAACCCGAAAUUGGCAAGGUUCCAGAAGAAGACGAUGUGCCAGACCUCGCAGAAGAUGACGAGAAUGUCGAUGAGACUGGUGUUGAAGCCAAAGAUAUUGAAUUGGUUAUGCAAAAUGCCAAUGUGUCAAGGGCAAAGGCCAUCAAAGCUUUGAAGGCUACCAACAACGAUAUCGUCAAUGCCAUCAUGGAAUUGACUAUGUGA